GUCUAGCCCACAGCGGGCACCAUAGUCCAAUGGGCUGUGGUGCAAGUGCUUCACACCUGGCAAAGGACUUGGAACGUUCGCAGCUAGAGGUUGAGAAGCUGCAGCAGGAGCUCAAGGAGAGCGAGCAGAGCCGAGCGACCCUCCAGAAACAGCUGAAGUCGGAGCUAAAGGGUGAUGCAUCCGCGCACAUUCUGGUCGAGGCCGAGCCUUUGCUCAACGCACGUGCCCGCAGCCCUGAUGCCAAAGCUGCUUCCAAUGAGCUGUUGGCAGAACGCUGUGAGGCGGUUGUGGCCGUCCAGCCUUCUUGUCCGUUGCCUUCAGCCAAGGAGUCCUUGGAGAGCAUCAUUCCGCAAGACCAUGCGCCAGGGCUGCCAUCAGUGGUUGAGCAGCAGGAGAAAGAUCUUCCAGCUCUGCAGCAGGAGCUGAAGGACGCUGGGCAUCAGGUUGAACUACCGGGAAUCGUUGUGCACGAAGUGGAGGCUCCUGCGAGCGACUGCCAAGCUGAAGUUGAGGGGCACCAGCAAAUUUCACUGGAAUCAACUGCCAGCACCUGCAGUCCUGGUGUUCUCACAAAGUCUGCGUCUACGUGCAGCCAGUGCUUUUGCGAGGCCAGCAGUCUCUUCCUGGAUCCGAGCGAUUUGAAUCAGUAUUGUGAAGGAUGCUGGACCGAAUUCUAUGGACAUCCACCCUGUCGUUCCGAGUUGGCGCUCGUGCCAAUGGAGGUGUCUGAGCCAGUGGCCGAGGAAGUCCUAGCAGAGGCCUGGUCAGAGCAAAUACUCCCUGGUUGGCCACCACCAUUUGCCAAAGUGUCUAGUCGACUCCUGCCAGAGGACGGGCCAGAAACUUGGACCUUCGUUCGAGUGCGCUUGCGACGUGAUGUAUGUGGUGGCCAUGCACGGGAACAUUUGAGUAGCAAAUGUCUGGCCAGCGGGGAAAUCCUCGCCCAGAGGUAUCAGCUGUCGCAUCCAGUCGGCGAAGGCCACUUUACGAAGGCAUUCCACGCUCGCGAUCUCAAAGGAGACAGACCGGUUUGCGUAAAGCGCCACCGCAAUCUUCCAAUCGAGGCGCUGGGCGAUCUGUACGUCAUUGGUCAGAGGCUGCAGGAAGUGGACCCAGGCGGGAACUUUUUCCCAAUCCUGGUCGAUGCUUUCUACGACUCAGUGGGUUACACGGUGGAGAGUAUGCUGGAGGGUCGCAACUGCUUGGCGCUGUCCACCGAGCAACAAGGAUUCUUCCAGGAUUUGGGGAAGCUGCGGCUGGUGGCCUUCGGAGCGCUUUCAGGGCUGGUGAUGUUGGACAAGGCUGGCAUUGUUCACAACGACAUCAAGCCAGACAAUCUCAUCUGGCAAGUCAUUGCUCCGGACCUCGGGUUAAGAUCGUGGACUUUGGAUGCGCCCGUCUUGACUUCCGACAUGAACACGGCCGCAACUGGGCUCUUGCUGAAGGUNNGAGCGGGACAUUUGGGCAAAUGGGCACCAGAGAUGACACUUCGCCUCGCCAUUGGUCAUCGGGCUGAUGUUUGGGGCACUGCAGUAUCACUUUGUGAGCUGCUCUGUGGUCGCAUGGUCUGGCGAUCAGAGAUGGACACGGCAGAGGUAGUAAUGACGCAAGCGUUGGGCUUGUGCAACCUGCGGGAUGGCGUGCCACCGUCGCUUCUGCGCCGUAGCCCAUUGGAUGUUCGUCAACUCUACACUCCCGCACCUCGCCACUGGCCGCUGCGGCGAACUGCUUGUGGCCAACUGGAGACACUGAGGCCGAAACGCUGGGGUCUCGAACAAGUUCUCGGCCAAGGAUGGCAGGGCUCCGAGAAGGCUCCCUCCUCUCGGCUCCGACUAUUCUUUGGCCGUGUCAACUCAGAAAGUACAUGUAGAUCAACACUGCUGACGUAA